AUGACGGUGGGCGCCUUUUCAGAAUGGCACAAGCUGCCAAUUGGUCUUAGCGAACUAUGCAUAAAUACCACGCUGCGAUGCGGGCAGACAUUCCGAUGGCACAAAGAUCCCGAUAACGACGAAUGGCGCUGUGUCCUUUACGGUCGUCUCAUCUCGCUCAAGCAAGAUCCAUCGCAUUUAUAUUACCGGACAUACGUCAAUUCAAAGCCCUCGGGCUCAUGCAAUGGCAGCGACUCCGGAUCCGAGGACACCACUCUGGCAAUUAUAAAGCACUACUUCAAUUUGAACUCAAACUUGACAACCCUAUAUGCGCAAUGGUCCUCAUCGGACCCCAACUUCCGCAAGAAAGCUUCUCAGUUUACAGGCAUUCGCAUUCUCCGCCAGGACGCCUGGGAAGCCCUUAUAUCGUUCAUUUGUAGCAGCAAUAACAACAUCGCACGAAUUAGUCAGAUGGUUGAGAAGUUGUGUGCGAACUACGGUUUGCACAUCGCUGAUGUUGAUGGCCGUUCAUAUCAUGACUUUCCGCCUCCGGAGAGAUUAGCGGAGGAUGAAGGUGUUGAAGCUCGUUUGCGGAGCCUAGGGUUCGGAUAUCGCGCGAAGUAUAUAUAUCAGACGGCUGUUAUUAUUGCAAAACAGAAAGAGAACGGGUGGUUAAACUCACUGCGGAACCCUGAAGCGCCUGCUUUUGGGCUGGAGGUUGUUGCUGGGCAGGAAGGGGAGAUGCCGCCGGAGGGGCGGAGUGGGUAUCGCGAGGCGCAUGAGAAAUUGCUAGAGCUACAAGGAGUUGGACCCAAGGUUGCCGACUGCGUGGCUCUGAUGGGGCUGGGGUGGGGAGAAUCUGUCCCAGUGGACACCCAUGUCUGGCAAAUUGCUCAAAGAGACUACAAAUUCGGCAAGGGAUCUCACAAGUCCCUGACAAAGGCUACGUACGAUGCCGUGGGGAAUCACUUCCGCAAGCUUUGGGGCAAAGAGGCCGGCUGGGCUCAUAGCGUGUUAUUUACGGCUGAUUUGAAGACAUUUUCGGAUCGAUUGGUUGCUACAACCAAGCAGGCAAAGGUUGAUAUCGAGGUGAAACAGGAAGAAGAAGGGACAAAGAUUACAGCAACAACGACGGAAAUGAAUGUGGCCUUGAAGCGGACUGCAGGUGAAGGCAAGAUCAAGCUCGAGUCAGACGAUAAGCAAGUGGAACUAGUGACAGGAUCUACCACUAGCACACGAAGGACUUCAAAACGACUUCGGCGAUGA